CCAAAGCGUUCCAGCUCCCGUUGCCAUGUAAAACAGAACGCAGUUUAAGGAACAACAAUAAUUACAAUAAUAUCUAAGUAGUUGUUAAUACGAACGAAUAUCGAUAUCAGCAAACAAACGCAUAUAACAAACGCGCGGUGCAUUUAAUAAUUAAACACAAUGCUUAGCUAAGAGUCAGUGAAUCACUGCCGCUGCAACUGCGAUUUUGGUGUGGCUUUUUUAAUCGAUUCCAGCAUUGCUGUCCCCCCCACCCGGAAAAUAAGAAGAAAAGGAAAACAAAGCAAAAUAUACAGCAGGCUAAGAUUUACAUGGGAACGUUUUGAUGUGGCUGCUGCAGUGUGUGUGUGUGUGUACGCGUGUGUGUGUUCAACAAUAUUGCUAAAUAAAUACAAAUGUGCAGAAUGUCUUCUCAAAUUUCCAGCUGCACGUUAACAUUAACAUUGACAGCUGAACAACAGCAACAACAACAAGAGCUGCGUUAAGCGAGCAAUAUACAAAUGACCAAAAACAAAAACGAGGCGAAGCAACUGAAAAGCAAUAAUUAGCAACGUAAACAAUAAGAGCAACAACAACAACAACAGCAACAACUCAGCUUCCAAGACUUGUAGCCAAACACCAAAAUUCAGCAUUAUAGAUACAUAGAGCAGCAUUCUACCCCAAAAACCUAGUUGAUCAUGUUCUCCGAGCCAUACGACACCGAUGAGCUGGAUGCCAUCGUUGAUGUGGUGGGAUUACGCUCCCAGGCGCGUCUCAACACGUUCAGGGAGAUGUGGUAUCAUGUGUUCCUCUGGGCACUCUUCUCAUCCAUAUUUAUACACACCUGCGCCGCUCUCGUUGCCUUUGUCACGCUGCGUCGGCAUAAAUUUGGUCGAUUCUUUUCGAUAUUGAUUUUGGUGAUGGGAUUUCUGUCGCCGGCUACUAGUGGGAUCAUUAGCAGCGCCGUCAUCGCCUUUGUGCAUCGCGCUUCCAUUUUCCCAAUGUCGCCAAUUAUUGCACUCUUCUGGGGCGUCGGACAAACGAUCAUCUCGGCCUGCCUCGGCUUCUUUCGCAUUCUGGCCACGCUGUAGGACAUGCUACGAACUGAAUUUCUUUCCCCAACAACAACAACAACAUCCUGUCAAGAAACAUUUUGUUAGUUUAUGUGUAUUGUGUACAAAUCAAUUUUCAUAUUCUUAGCUCGUAAGCAAUAAUCAUUUAAAUUAUGUUAAGCAUACUAUUUAAGCAUAGAAUAACUUUUUGGCGCUCGCCAAUUGGGAUCGAGUUCAAAAUCAACUGAAGAAGCAACAACUUAAUGCAGUGGUUGCUCCAGAAAUUAUAAUUUCUAAUGUAUUAUAUUUCUUCAUCGAGUUAAAAAUUAGCUACAAAAAUUCAAUAUCAUAUUAAUUGU